UUAGAAAUCCCAAUCCAUAACAGAAAACCUAUGGAAUUUAAAUCACAUGAUGAAAUCCAUAUUCUAAAUUAUAGGAUUUGAAACAAACACCCCCUAAAAGCAUUUGUGAAAUGCAAACCGCCUGUAUAACCAUAUGAGAUAUUUCUCAUGACUGAGUUGGUUCGGGGCCCAUCGACAGCUACUAGUCCACAUGAAACCUUGGCUCGCGUACAUCCAACUCUUCCUACUUUCUCACUAUAAAUACCCAUCAAUUUGAUUUGGUUCGUCGUGAAGAGAAGAAUAAUUACUCCUCUUUCUUCACAUCCCUCUUUCUCUCUCUCUCUAACUCUUAACUGUAUAGAUUAUUAUUUUUUUCUAACAAUGGCUAUUAAGGAAGAUAUUGAGAGGGGAAUAAACGUGGAGGAGAAUGACUUAGCUGAGCCUCUUGUAAAGCAGAAGGAUGUCGCUAGCGGUAGUGAAGAGUCUUCGUCAAAUGGCGAAGAUUCGUUGCGGAUGGUUUUGCUUAGUACGGCCAUGGCAGUCUACGGUUCCUUCGAAUUUGGACUCUGUGUGGGUUAUUCUGCACCGACUCAAUCAGGGAUCAGGACUGACAUCGGCCUGACUCUUGCAGAGUAUGCAGUCUUUGGCUCUGUAUUGACUGUUGGUGCCAUGAUCGGUGCGAUCACUAGUGGGCGUAUUGCUGAUUUUUUCGGUCGCAAAGGAGCAAUGAGAGUAUCAGCUACUGUAUGCAUUAUAGGAUGGCUCGUUAUUUACUUUGCAAAGGAUGCUUUAAUGCUUUACUUUGGGAGACUCUCCACUGGUUAUGGUCUUGGAGUCCUCUCUUAUGUGGUGCCAGUCUUCAUUGCUGAGAUCGCACCUAAGAAUCUACGAGGAGCGCUUACUACUUUGAACCAGCUUUUGAUCUGUGCUGGUGGUUCAACUGCUUUUAUAAUCGGUACAUUUGUUAACUGGCGCAUCCUAGCAGCCAUUGGACUCCUUCCAUGCUUUAGUCUCCUUGCAGGCCUCUUUCUCAUUCCAGAGUCUCCAAGAUGGCUGGCAAGGAUGGGGAACCAAAAAGAGUAUGAAGUAGCAUUACAAAAACUACGUGGAGAGAAUGCUGAUGUCUCUAGAGAAGCAGCAGAAAUUGAAGAAUACAUAGAAACUCUUCAGAGCCUUCCCAAGGCUAAAGUUCAAGACCUAUUCCAGAGCGGAUACAUCCAUUCAGUUAUUGUAGCAUUUGGCCUAAUGAUGCUUCAACAACUUGGAGGAGUAAAUGCAAUUGGAUUCUAUGCAAGUGAGACCUUUGUUUCUGCAGGCUUUGCUUCAGGCAACCUUGGAAACAUUUUAAUUGGCUGUAUACAGGUACCCAUUACAGCAGCGGGUGCUAUUCUAAUGGACAAGAGUGGAAGACGGCCUCUUCUAAUGGUUUCAGCAUCGGGAACAUUUGUAGGUUGCUUCCUUACAGGCAUAUCAUUCUACUUGAAGGGCCAUGAAUUUUUUUUGGAGUGGGUUCCUUCGCUUGCUCUUUCAGGUAUCUUGGUGUAUAGUGGGUCAUUCUCAAUAGGAAUGGGACCUGUUCCAUGGGUAAUGAUGUCAGAGAUAUUCCACAUCAAUAUUAAAGGAAUUGCUGGAAGCUUAGCGACUCUAAUUAGCUGGUUUGGUUCCUGGUUGAUGACCUACGCCUUCAAUUUUCUUAUGAGCUGGAGCCCUUCAGGUACCUUUUUUCUCUUCUCGGCUGCUUCUGCAAUAACAGUUCUAUUUGUAGCAAGAGUAGUACCAGAAACAAAGGGCAAAACGCUAGAAGAAAUUCAAGCAUCACUGAACAAGAAGGAAGCCCGAUAAAACUCAGAUUAAUCAUUUAUUGGAGGGAAUUUGAUAGCUUGAAAUUUGAUCAUUUAUUGGAGCGAAUUUGAUACCCAGGAAUUUUCAGUCUCCUCGGCCAUUGCCACAAGAGAUGAGUAUGGGCUCUGUGCAAGGAUGACAUGCAUAAACGCCGGAAUGAGUUCUAUAGAGCGUGUUGUUUAGUGUAAGAAUGCGAGUAGCAAACAGCAAGUGAUACACAUUACCUCCAAUUUAUAGAGAUUUUCCACAUGUUCCUAUGUUUAAUCUAAUUCUGUCAUGUAUACAUGCAAGAAGUAAAGAUACGGAACUUUAUGGCACACAAGAAAUUAGUUCAAGGGAGCACCCAAAUAAACUCUACAUUUGCGACU